AUGGCAACAAACUUUGUUAAGAAUCUCUUUAUAUCUCCCGAAAUUAACCCAAGUAAUCGCAAAGCCAAGUCCAUUCCGAUAUUGAAUCCCUUCAACCAAUAUGGACGAGUAUUCUUCUUCUCGUGGCUUGGUUUCAUGGUAGCGUUCCUAUCAUGGUAUGCCUUUCCACCACUGUUGAGUGUGACCAUCAAGAAGGACUUGAAGAUGACACAGGAUGAUGUCGCCAACUCAAAUAUCGUCGCACUCCUGGCAACUCUACUCAUCCGAUUGGUUGCAGGGCCUCUCUGUGAUCGUUAUGGCCCUCGCCUGGUAUUCGUGGGACUACUCUUAUGUGGAGCCAUUCCUACAGCCAUGGCCGGUCUUGUCACCGACCCUAAGGGCUUAAUAGCCCUACGGUUCUUUGUUGGAAUUCUGGGAGGAACGUUUGUCCCAUGCCAGGUCUGGUGCACUGGUUUCUUCGACAAAAGUAUUGUCGGUACUGCCAAUUCCCUCGCUGGAGGUUGGGGUAAUGCAGGCGGAGGAAUCACAUACUUUCUGAUGCCCGCCAUCUACGACUCGCUUGUCCACUCCCAUAGCCUCCCUUCCCACAAAGCAUGGCGUAUUGCCUACGUCGUCCCAUUCAUCAUCAUCACCACCGUCGCCUUGGGCAUGUUGUUCCUCUGCGAAGAUACACCAACAGGGAAGUGGUCUGAGAGACAUCUCUGGGCAAAAGAAUCAAAUAACACCACCAUGACUGCCGGCGGCAACAUAGUCGAUAUCAACUCUGGCGCUUUUACUAGCGGCAUGACGACCCCCACAAUUCUGCAACCACCGACAUCGAAAAAAAAGGCUCCCAGACACCACAAACAAGAGACAGUGGUCUCUCCAACUCGCCGGGAAGUCCUGAAUGUCGCCCUGAGUCUGUCCACAUUGGCUCUAGCAAUCCCUUACGGCUGCUCUUUUGGCUCAGAGCUUGCAAUCAACUCGAUCCUGGGAUCGUACUACACAAAGAACUUUCCACACAUGGAUCAAACAAAAUCGGGCCAGUGGGCUGCCAUGUUCGGAUUGCUGAAUGUCGUCUUCCGACCUGCAGGCGGUCUAUUUGGAGACCUGGUUUACAAAUAUACGGACAAGGUCUGGUCUAAAAAGCUUCUUAUCACCUUUCUGGGGGUCGCUAUGGGAGCUUUCCAGCUUGCGAUCGGAUUAUCGAACCCGUCCACAGAAGCGGCUAUGUUCGGUCUUAUCGCUGGGCUGGCCUUCUUCCUUGAGGCAUCUAAUGGAGCGAACUUUGCUCUUGUGCCUCAUGUGCAUCCUUUCGCUAAUGGUAUUGUUUCUGGCAUUGUUGGUGGUUUCGGUAACCUUGGAGGAAUUGUGUUUGCUAUCAUCUUCAGAUAUAACGGGCCAAGCUAUGGCAGAUCGAUGUGGAUCAUCGGUGUCAUAUCUUUGUCGGCUAAUUUGGCCGUUUGCUGGAUUCGUCCUGUUCCUAGGAGCCAGAUACUGUCCUGA